CUUCUAAACAAACCGCCAUCCAUUUCAGCCUCUUCACUUCUCCCUUUUUAACACACACAAAUACAAACGCACCACUGUCCAAACUUGGACAUGUUAAAUCCUCAAAGGGCCAUCACCAAUGAAGAAAACGACCAACCUCAUCAUGAUCACCACGGUGAUGAACCCAACAUCAGAGACAUCCACGCUUUGACCCCACCUCACCCUCCUCCGGUGAACCGUGGCCGUAGAAGAGAGACUUGGGAGAAUACUAGCCAUCGAUCAUCGGUCAAUUCCGUGUCCAGUGAAGUAGCUUCAAGUGAGAAUUUUACCACCAUGAGCAGAGAAUUCAACGCUUUAGUUCUUGCGGGCUCGGCUAUAGAGAAUAAUGAAACUGAUACGAUGAUGAACAACAACAACAACAACAACAACAACGACAAUAAUAACAAUAAUAGUCACUUGGCGAGGAUUGGAGAGGAUGAGAUACCGGAAGAGACUAAUCCUUUGGCUAUAGUACCGAAUAAUAGUCCGUUGGAAUCGGGUCUGGAUUCGAGAGGAGUGGGUUCUGGCACCGGAGGCAUUAAUUGUGAUAUUUCGGUGCAGAGAGUGAAGAAAGAAGAGGUGGAGAUGAAGAUAUCAGCAUGGCAAAACGCCAAGAUUUCGAAGACUAAUAAUCGGUUUAAGAGAGAAGAGGCGAUCAUUAAUGGGUGGGAAAGUGAGCAAGUGGAAAAGGCUAAUUGUUGGAUGAAGAAAGUUGAGAGGAAGCUAGAAGAGAAGAGAGCAAGAGCCCUGGAGAAGAUGCAAAAUUCUAAGGCCAAAGCACACAGAAAAGCUGAAGAAAGGAGGGCAUCAUCGGAGGCUAAGAGGGGAACAAAACUGGCCAGAGUUCAUGAAGUUGCCAAUUUGAUGAGAGCUGUAGGAAGAGCUCCAGUUAAACGAUCUUUCUGUUAAUUUCUAUAAUUAUUAUUGAUAUCAUUGUCAUAUAAUGAACAUCCUCCGGCUCUUCCUUCUAUUAUUUCUUUCUUUUAAAAGAAGAGCUAGUGUGGACAGUUAUGAACAAAAGCUGUUAAAGUUUUGAGAGUUUGGAAGAAAGGUGUGUGUUCGUUUGUAAAUUAAUUAUAUUUAAUUAUUAGUGCCUUAUUUUUAUUGGUA